AUGGGGCCUUGCGAGACACGCCGCAGCCGUUGUCGAGGCACGGCCCGGGCCUUUGAUGAUGUCACAAGGGCUGUUCUGCGAGCGGCCGAGCGUAGCCUUGCUUCACAGAGCCGGGGCCACAUCAUUCAGCCUCCUCCCUGUGAUCUGCGGCUCACAACAAACCGGGCUCGGGCCACAGCUGAGUGCCCCGAGAGAAAGAGCGCAGCACAAUGUUACCCCCGCAACCUCCCUUCUCGCGUUGGCAGUGCAAAGUCCCAGACAGUAUUUGGUUUUGUUAAGUGCGACCCAAAGAUCGAGCCUCUUGGGAGGGAAGAUGAAAGAAGCAAGGCCGCCUCCUCCUUCGCAGGGAAAAAAAAGGAUCAAGCAGGUCAGUUUCGCGGUGUCCACAAAGGGUACGCGGCCGGGUCGGAUGAACGAAGAGCGGUUAGCGAUUCAUGGUGUAAUGGAUGGUCAGAGAGGGCCUAG